AUGUUCACGGUCACAACUAUAUCACACAAGACUAGUGAUUCUCGCCAUCCGUUGGUUAUGUUGACCAAUCGCGAAGGUUAUAGGUAUCUUUUUGGAAAGAUACCAGAAGGAUCCCAGAGAAUAUUAAACGAAAACAGAUUUAGAUUAGGUAAAUUGAAAAGCAUCUUCCUCAGUGGAACUAUAUCUUCGUGGUCGGAGAUUGGUGGACUUCCGGGUUUGUUCUUAACUAUUAGUGAUUCUACAAAGAAAAGUAUUGAUAUUUUUACAAAUUCGGGUAAGAUAACAUCUUUCAUCGUUGCUACUUGGAGGUAUUUUGUUUUCAGAAAAGGUGUUGAAUUAAAAAUCAAUGAUAGUAACGAACAUGAUAUAAUUGCUGAUAGUAAUUUAAUUAUCAAGCCAGUUAAAAUUGAAAGCAAUAGAACCACUAGCAUAAAUGAAGACGUAUCUAACACAUUACAUCAACAACUCAAAAAGCUCAUUUCGUUGAUGUUUCCCAUGGAUACAAGUAAGGUGAAUGAUCCUGAUCCAACUUCUUAUAAAUCCGACCCUAGUGAGACUGAAAUCCAAACUCAUGUCAGACUCCCAAACCCGUUUAAUCUUCUUCCAACUUAUCAACAACCCUCUUUAAAUUAUCUUAUUAGAUUCCUCCCAAUAAGAGGGAAGUUUGAUCCAGUAAAAGCCAAAAGUUUAGGAAUUAAACCAGGUAUCGAUUUCCGUAAGUUAACUCAAGGACAUGAGAUAAUAAAUGACAAGGGUGAGACUGUUCAUCCACAUCAGGUUAUCGAAGAAUCUAAACUGUUUCUGAAAUUAUUGAUUCUUGAUAUUCCAAAUGCAUCUUAUUUAUCGAACACUCUCAGUUGUGAAGAAUGGUUUCAAAAGAAUGAAAAUAUCGGCCAAGAAGAUAUUGGUCUUGUUUAUCAUUUCUUAGGGGAUGAUAUUGACUUUAAUCUGUCUGAAUAUUUGAAUUUUAUUAAAAGCUUCCCAGAUAAUUGUAAGCAUGUUAUAAGUCACUCAAAAUUAUCCGAUGAUACAUUGGUUUUUAAGACUUCAGCCAUUAAUUUAUUAAAAUUGAAAUGUUUACAAAAAGAUAAUUUCAAUUUGCCAUAUAUUGAAUCCUAUAAGCCUUUAGAGGGUGAUAAGGCCAUUCAUAAGCUUCAACAAUUACAACAAUUCCAUAUCGAAACUUCAUCUAUUAAAGCUGAUGCUUCUUUAAUUUCUAAUGACACUUGGUCGUCGUUGUAUGAUUCAAACAUUCUACCAUUGGAUAUAAAACAUGUUAACAAGAUGGACAUUUUAGAAAGUAAACCUAUAUCAUUAGACCAAGUACCAGGAUCAAUGAAAGAUCAAGUUCAAGUAGUGACCCUAGGCACUGGUUCCGCAUUACCGUCUAUUCAUCGCAAUGUUAUCUCAACAUUAGUGAGAAUACCAUACAUCGAUAAUAAUACCGUCAAGUUUAGAACAAUCAUGUUAGAUGGAGGAGAAAAUACUCUAGGAACUAUGAUAAGAAAUUUUGGUCACAACAAUCAGGAGCAAUUGAUCAAAAUUUUCGAAGAGUUGUGUUUAAUUCAUCUAAGUCAUCUACAUGCUGACCACCAUUUAGGAAUCAUAUCAAUAAUUAAUAAAUGGUUUGAAGUUAAUACUGAUUCCGAAAAAAAGCUUUAUUUGAUUAUUCCAUGGCAAUAUAAUAACUUCAUAAAAGAAUGGUAUUCUUUAAAGGAACAAAGUUAUAAUAAAAUUGAUUUGAAUAGAAUUGUCUAUUUGAGUUGUGAAGAUUUCGUAAAAGAUAGACAACCUCAAUUUCAGCAAGUUUCUAUCGAUGAAUUUGAAAGAAAGUUUGACAAUAAUGAGUUCAACCAGGUCAUACCUAGAGAGCAAUUGGCGCCUAAGAACCACGCCUUGAUCAAUGAUUUGUUCAAGAGCUUAGGAAUAAAUUAUAUUCAAACUGUGAGAGCAAUUCAUUGCUAUUGGUCAUAUUCUAUAAGUAUUGAUUUUGCAUUGCCCUCUGAGGAAUCCUUUAAAGUUUCCUACUCGGGGGAUACAAGACCAAACCCAAAGUUUGUUGACAUUGGUUAUGGGAGUGAUUUAUUGAUACACGAAUCUUCUUUAGAUCAUGAAUUGAUUGAAGAAGCUAUUUCCAAAAAACAUUCAACUAUGAUAGAAGCAAUCACAGUAUCAAAAUUAAUGAAUUGUGCUAAAGUAAUAUUAACUCAUUUCAGUACAAGAUACUCAAAUAAAGCAAAUUUGCUUAUUGAGAAUAAUGAGCUAAUUAAACUUUCUAGUAAUUUGAAAGACUAUUUACUUAGGUACGGAUCUACGCCAAAUAUUUUUGUUGCUGAGAAGUCAAAUAGAAGACCUACAAAAGAAUUUGAAGACCUACAGAUAUGCUUUGCGUUCGACAUGAUGAAUAUAAGGUUCAAUAACUUGCAUUUGCAAAAAGACAAAUACAGAGAAAUCUUAGAAAUAUUCCAAACUGACGAUGAUUUGAAUGAAGAAUUGAAUGAUAAAAGAGAAAAGGAAUUGAGAAAGCAACGCGAAAAGCGUGAAGCUAAGCGAAUGCAAAGAUUAUCUAUUAAAAACGGCAAAAAAAAAAGAAGAGUUAGCAGCGAUGAAGAAAUCGUUUGA